UCGUGUCGCUACUGCCUAUAGCUACCCGAGGAGAGUUUCUGCUCUUCGAGAUACAGCCGACGUCAGCGUCCAGACGGCCCUCAGCAUCGUUAUUCAUAAGUGUCCAGGUGGUACUGUUAACAAAGUGUUAUUGCGUGGAAACUUUGAGUGAUGUAAUGACUGAAUGAAAUGUGUGUCAGUUUUUUUUUUCGGGAAUAAUAUUAAAGAAAAAUGUGAGAGAUUUCGUCCGAUUAUUUGAAAUUGGGUUUAACAGGCAGCAGAUGAAGAAUAAUUAAUGAUUGACAUAUGCUUCCAGAAGAAAGCGAUGAGUGAAUCAAAGUUCUCAUUAAAUGGAUCACUGGACAGGUACAGCUAUUCCAUUGCCAACUACUCAGGAGAUCACGGCAGAGCUCCAUCCAGUCAAUUCGAAAUGGAUGUCUCUCCCUCAUUCAACGACUCAGAGUCCGGCAAUUCAAGCAUGGAGGACUACCUGAAUAGCGGCUCUCUGUUGCCAAAUGAAACCUACGACAGUUUGUUUGAAGUACCAACAGGUGUCACUGCUCUCCUUUCACUUUUCUACGGCUCCAUUUCUGUCAUGGCUGUCGUUGGGAAUUCCCUGGUUAUGUGGAUUGUGGCCACUAGCCGAAGAAUGCAGAACGUAACCAAUUGCUUCAUCGCCAACCUGGCGCUGGCGGACAUCGUAAUUGGACUCUUUGCUAUACCGUUUCAGUUCCAGGCGGCGCUGCUGCAGCGGUGGAACCUCCCCCACUUCAUGUGCGCCUUCUGUCCGUUCGUCCAGGUGCUCAGCGUCAACGUGAGUAUCUUCACACUGACGGCCAUCGCGGUGGACCGGCACCGGGCGAUCCUGAACCCACUCAGCGCCAGCCCCUCCAAAUUGUGCGCAAAACUGGUGAUUGCCGGUAUCUGGGUGAUUUCCGGAGGGCUGGCUGCACCCAUGGCAGUAGCGCUUCGAGUGACGAUGGUAGACUCACCACACGGUCACCAGAAGCCGUUCUGCCACAACGUGAAGCUCUCGGAGGAAGCAAUGUUGUCAUACCGCGUGAUCCUGGUGGUCCUGCAGUAUCUGACGCCACUGUGCAUCAUCUCCUGUGUCUACAUCCGCAUGGCGCUCGCCCUCUGGGGGUCCAAGGCACCGGGCAACGCCCAGAGCUCGAGGGACGCAACACUCAUGAAGAACAAGAUGAAGGUCAUCAAGAUGCUUGUGAUUGUGGUCGCUCUCUUCGCCCUUUGCUGGCUGCCUCUGCAGACUUACAACGUUCUUCAUAAUAUUUUCCCCGAGAUAAACGGGUACCGUUAUAUCAACAUCAUCUGGUUCUGCUGCGAUUGGCUGGCAAUGAGUAACAGCUGCUACAAUCCAUUCAUUUACGGCAUUUACAACGAGAAAUUCAAACGCGAAUUCCAGCUUCGGUUUGGUCUGUGUUCGCGCCGGUGUUCCGCAGCCGCCCCAGGGACGUCACUGACCCGCGAUUUGAGUGAGAUGGAGAAGCUAAGCUCGAGGUACGACAACUCGUUCCGCUAUCACCCCACUUGCCCGCCGCCCCCGCCGCCGCCACAAGGGAGGAGGGAUGCAUACCGCACCCUGCUUACCCAGAAUCACCGCACAAGGCCCAUUUGCGCCGAUGAGAAAUACUGAGGCGCGUCAUCACGCCUCUUCGUUAUAACAGCUGAU